AUGGCUGAUAGGAACAGGGAGAUCAGGAACCUCAGGACGAUGAACAAGAAAAUGGUGUCUGGUUCGUCCUCAUCUGAUUACAAGCAAUCCGAUGAGGAAUCAUCAGAAGGGUUCGAUGUGUAUCCUACACAACACAUCGGUACACCAGAAGAGUUAGAGUCAGAUGGCGCUAGAAAGGGCAAGAAGAAGGCAUCACAAAACCCAAUAAAUUCAAGGAGCAGCAUAAAAAAGAUGAAGGCCUUGAUUGAUGGGCUAUCUAAAGAAAAAAAGGCUCUGGUAGGUGAGAUGGGGUUCGAAGGACUAUUGGAAUUACCAGCAAUAAUAAAGGCAAACAGGCAACAAUCCAUGUGGCUUAUGAGCAAAGUUGACGAGAAGGCAUCUGCUAUCAUAAUUGAUGCUGGGAGAGACUUACCUUUCGACGACGGAGACGUCGGCAAGGUACUGGGGGUGCCAUCAGUAGGAUCUCCUGUUAACAAGAAUGCACUGCCGCACGUGGCAGGUACUGUACGUGAGAUCUUAGGAAUCGGCAAUGGAGAAAAAAAGAUCACACCCAUAGUUAACAUAGUGAAGAUUCGGUAUGGCAGAGCUAUGACAAAGGCUGAAGCAGACAAGUUCAAGGUUGCCUUCGCAAUUUGCGCGAUGACUUUCCUCCUGGCACCUCCGCUGAAGCACAACUAUUUCAUGACAGAUUAUUGGAAUGCCUUGCACAUACCUGAUAUGAUUCAAAUGUUCAAUUGGGGACGGUACAUUAGAGAAGAGCUCCUUUCUUCUGCUGGUAGGGUGAAGUCUGAACUGCUAGGUGGGAAACUGAAGUCAAAUCUCACUGGAUGCACAUUCUUCUUGCAGGUUUUCUAUCUUGACAACCUCGAACGAGAAGAUAAGAACCUUCCCCACGAUGUGUUCCCUAGGUGCAAGGAAUACUCACAGAAGACUAUCUCUGAUGUUAUUGAUGAAGACAUAACAACUGGGAAAGAUGCAGAGAUUGUAGUGUAUGGAGACCUACUGCCAAGGCAUCCGGGGACAAUAUGCUACAGCCGUAAUACCAUGGCAACAGCAGCUCAAAAAACAACGGAUGGAUACGGGAUUGGGUGCAGCACAGAGGGAAUUGGGGGUGAUAAAGUGUUCACAGAUUUUGCAGGUAUUAUUAUCAACAAGGUCGAGCAGUACUCCAACAAGUGCAAGAGAGCUGUAAAUGAGGCAUCAAGGAAGGGAGCAAGAUUAAACAAGGGACACGCAGAAGGAUGGGAUGAUAUUGUCAAUGAUACUAACGGGUUAAUACUCUCAGAAACUGAGAAGAUAAUUGCAGACAUCAACCAGAUAACUGAUGCAAUGAGGGCACGAAAGCAGAGGCCCAAUUAUUCAACCCAAGCAGAUGUUCAAGGGGUUCAAGGGGAUGCAGAGAAUGCACUAAGCAUAGAGUCGGCAGAGGGAGCUUCCGCUAACGUGGAACCAUUGGCAAAGAGCAAAUUAGGUGUGAAAAGAAAGAAGGUUGUUACAUCAAGGAGGCACACACCGAAGAGGGCAAGGAUAGAGAGCUCUGAAGAAUCUGAAGGUGCUCAAGAAGAAGCAAACAAAGCAAUAGAUGAUCUGAUUGAAGCAGCAGAUGAAUACAGUAGGUUGCAUAGUGGGAUUGUUGGCAAUGCGACAGGGUUGUUGGACAAUACUACAGGGAACAACUUGGAGAUGUCAGUGGUGUGUGGGGCGGCAAGAAAUGAAGUUAUAUGCUCUCCAAAAAUAGCAACAGGAACUGAUGAAGCUGCAGAGAACCAAAAGGAUGGUGUUGAAAAUAAUCGAUUGUCAAUAGUUCCUUCAGGACAGGAUGAGGACUUAGGUGGAUGUUUAUCAAUAGAUCCUCCAGAGAUGCAUGGGAAGUUCAAAGUUGUAAUGUCAGGUCUUAGGAAGACGGACUUGAUGAAUGCUUUUACAGCCGUUUCAACGUCCAACGACGUGUCGGUUGCUUCCGCAAACAUCACGCCUGGUUCUGCAGCAACCAAGAUGCAAACUCCUGAAGAUUCAGGAAUGCAGAUUGUUGCCACUCCAGCACCAAACCAAGUAUUUGCAGGUACAUCUUCAAGGACUUCUCCAGUUAGCCUCAACCGCCAGAUGUCUGCUGUCGAGCUUGACAUUAGGGAGGAGAUAGAGGAGGCGGCUAUCAACCUCAACGUCACUAUGUCACAGGGAUCAUUUAGCACACAGCCUCAGCCAAAGAGGGUGGUGAGGCCUGGGAAAUAUGCAAGGUCUCCCUUUGUAAUGGGUUAUGACCCUCCUACUAGAGCUCCAGCGAAUGUAGUGCAGAUAUACAAGCUAUUCUAUAGGGAGAACGCGAACAAGCUAAAAGACAUGUGGAUUAUCAGCACCAACCCAAAAUACAUGGACAUCAGUGAGGAGCGGCUCCGUGAGAUGCUACGCGAUGGUGGUGAGGUGGAUAGUGUGCUGAUGACAUUGGUGAUGAGAAGGUACCAACAGAUGGAUGCGGUCUUUGCUGCUGCAAAAGGGGAAGGAUGUUGGCGACAUUGGCUGGAGCCAGAUUUUGUGAACCAUGUUAGCAGAGGAGACAACAUUUCAAAGCUGAGGUACAUCAAGGACAUGUUCGUGGGGCCGCAUAUCACUUACGAGGUUCACAAGUGCACCGAGGUUGUGUUGCCAGUUAAGUUCGACUUCAAAUGGUCUACAUACAUAUGGGACUGUCCAAGGGCGAAGAUUUUUGUCCUCGACCCAACAAUGAACAAUGGUGACGAGUCUGAUAAGGUAAUUCAGCUCAGGCACAGGAAGGUUGCAGACGAGCUUCACAAGGCUAUAGAGAUAUGCAUAAAGUCAUUCUUCUCUGGAUGGGAGCCAGACAUGAGGUCGUGGAAUACAUGCUUCCCAAGGGGCCUGGCAACAGGGAUAUGCAGAAAGUAA